GGCAGUUGAAUGCUGGUUCUUUCUCUCGGUCUCUCUCUCUUCCGUGGUGGCCAAAUCGAGGGCUCGUUCGCUCCGUUCACCGUUCACUUGUGAACGUACUAGCUCCUCCUUCCAAUUCGAUUUUGAUUUCAAAUUGAGGGUUCGACGGGUAAGUUAUUGACUUAUCACAUGAAAUGAUUGGUAAUCUUUUCGGAUCUUCUGCUGCGAUCAGGUUAUAAGCUAAAAUCUUCAGGAACUUGGUUUAUUUUGGUUCUUCUUUGCUCUGGAAUUGAGGAAAAUUACAGACUAGAUCUUGUUUCUUGUAUUUAGGGCUAAUUUUUAUCAAUUCGGUGACUUUGCUGGUAGAAUUUUGUUGGAUCUCUUAAUUUGAUUGGAGGAAUUUGUGCGAUUUAGAUAGUUACUAGAAAUUUUUAAGUGAUAAUCGAGGUUACUGCGGUUUUGUGUUAUGGAUACGCAUCCUCCAUUCCAGAUGGAGGAUCAGACGGAUGAGGAUUUCUUUGAUAAAUUAGUUGAUGAUGAUGAUGAUUUGAAGUUAAAUACAUACUCAACACAGAGUUUUCUUGACGGGAGUGAUUCUGAUGAGCUGAAAGCAUUUGCAAAUUUAAGCAUAGGUGAGGUGGGAACUGAAUCUACAAUUGAAUCAGAUAAGAAAGAUGUUAAAGCCGUAUCCUCCUCCGUUGCACAUGUAGAUGCAGAUGUUAGGUCAUCGGUGUCAGUUAACUCAUUUGGGAUCGAUAGUGUGGAUGAACAACAGAAGGAAAACUCGGGGCUAGAAAUAACUGCAGAUUCUUUGGGUUCAGGUGUUAAGGAAUUGCAGUGGAGUGCAUUCAACUCUGAUUCAGAGGUUAUCGCUGGACAUGGGUUUGGAUCAAACAUAGAUUUCUUUAACGAAAUAGGAGAUGGAGCUAUUGGUUCAAUUAAGAAUAUGGACGAAAAUCCAGACAAACAGUCUAAGAUCCAGACUCCUACGGAAGGAAAUAGUAUUUUGAAUAAGAACACUAUUGCCAAUAAUCAAACGAAUCAAGAUUACAUGGAAAUUUCAAAUCAACCUGAUGUUAAUAGUAUUGAAUAUUGGGAAAGUAUGUAUCCUGGUUGGAAAUAUGAUCCAAAUACUGGACAGUGGUAUCAGGUCAAUGAAAAUGGUGGCACUGAGAAUUUACAAGCUACCACGGAUUCUACAAUAAUGAGCACCACUAGUUGGAAUGAUAACGUUUCAAAGGAAAACGGUGCAACUGAAAGUAUUUCUAAUUGGACUGCUGUAUCGGAGGGAAAUAAUAGCGAGUACCCAACUCAUAUGAUUUUCGACCCUCAAUAUCCUGGAUGGUACUAUGAUAUGAUUGUACAAGAAUGGCGAACCUUGGAAAGUUACACAUCAUCUAUUGAAUCAACUAUUCCGGGCCAUGAUCAAAUAAAUCAGAAUUGGAAUGGGUCAACUAGUAAUAGUUAUGAUGUUUCCAAGAGUCAAGCAUCUGGGAGUUUUGGAGAAAACCAGCAAACCAGCUAUGGUUCGAAUUUGUCAUUUAAUAAUACCGUCCGUCAACAAAACUCAUAUGAUUCAAACGGAACUGUUUUCCAAGACAAAGGGAAUUCAGGAUUUAGUGGCUUUUCCCCUAUCGGAGCUAAAGCUUUUGGUUCUUCAGGAAAUCUGAGUCAGCACACUCCCAGUAGCUAUUAUGAUAAUCAAAAUUCAGUGAACUUCUCUCGUGAACAGUUUAAAGGUAGUCCUCAAUUUUCCAGCCCAUACAGUGCCGAAAGAUCAUCAGCAGGCCGUCCUCCUCAUGCUUUAGCUACCUUUGGGUUUGGAGGAAAGCUAAUUGUAAUGAAAACUGAUGAUUCUUUCAGCAAUGCAUCUUAUGGGAAGCAGUCUUCUGUAGGAGGGUCAUUUUCUAUCCUCAACUUGAUGGAUGUUCUUUCCAAGAAACCUGAUGCAUCAACAGCAGGAGUAGACAGUUGUGAGUACUUCAAUACAAUCUGCAGACAGUCUUUUCCGGGUCCCCUGAUUGGAGGAAAUAUUGGUGGGAAAGAUUUGAAUAAGUGGGUUGAUGAGAGGAUUGUGAAUUGUGCUUCUCUUGAUAAUGAUUUCCAAAAAGUUGAAGCUCUGAGGUUGCUUCUUUCCUUGCUUAAGAUUGCUUGUCUGCAUUAUGGAAAACUCCGAUCUCCUUUAGGCACCGACCAUGCAUCAAAGGAUGGUGAUGCUCCAGAAACAGCAGUUGCUCGACUUUUUGCAUCUGCAAAAGGAACUAGUGUCCAAUUCACUGAUUAUGGCACCCUCAGUAACUGCUUUCUGAAAUCGCCAUCUGAAGGACAAAUGCAGGACACUGCUGCUGAAGUGCAAAGUCUCCUAGUGUCUGGUAAGAAGAGGGAAGCUUUACAAUGUGCAUGUGAAGGUCAACUAUGGGGCCCUGCACUCGUCCUUGCUGCUCAACUAGGUGACCAGUUUUAUGUUGACACGGUGAAGAAAAUGGCACUUCAUCAGCUGGCACCUGGAUCACCUUUGCGGACGUUGUGCCUUCUAAUUGCCGGUCAGCCUGCAGACAUAUUUUCUGCAGAAACAACACCCAAUAGUGGCUUUCAUGCUGGUACACAUAUGUCUGUGCAACCUUCUCAGCGUGGCUCUAAUGGAAUGUUAGAUGAGUGGAAGGAGAACUUGGCUCUGAUAACGGCUAAUAGAACAAAAGACGACGAACUUGUGCUCAUUCAUCUUGGAGAUUGCUUGUGGAAAGAUAGAAGUGAUAUUAUUGCAGCACAUAUUUGCUAUCUAGUUGCAGAAGCAAACUUUGAGGCUUACUCAGACACUGCAAGGUUAUGCCUUAUUGGCUCUGAUCACUGGAAAUUCCCUCGUACCUAUGCUAGCCCGGAUGCAAUUCAGAGAACAGAAUUUUAUGAAUACAUUAAAGUGCUUGGCAAUUCCCAGUUCAUCUUACUACCUUUCCAACCAUACAAGCUGAUUUAUGCCUUUAUGUUGGCUGAGAUAGGAAAAGUCUCGGAAUCACUAAAGUACUGUCAUGCAAUAUCGAAAUCUCUAAGAACUGGUCGGUCAGUUGAAGUUGAAACGUGGAGACAAUUAGUGACAUCUCUAGAGGAGAGGAUACGAACCCAUCAGCAAGGUGGAUACUCCACAAACUUGGCUCCAGGAAAGCUAGUGGGUAAAUUGCUUAACUUAUUUGACAAUACAGCCCAGCGUGUGGUUGGAGGCUUACCUCCUCCAGCACCAUCUGCAACACAUGGAAAUCUCCCUAAAAAUGAUGAUCAUUUCCAAGCCAUGGGACAUAGAGUAUCAAGUAGUCAAUCAACCAUGGCAAUGUCUUCUCUCAUGCCUUCUUCAGCUUCAAUGGAACCCAUAAAUGAAUGGACAGGGGAUGGUAGUAAAAUGACUGUACAUAAUAGAAGUGUCUCUGAACCUGAUUUUGGCAGGAGUCCAAGACAGGCUGAUUCAUCAUCUAAGCAAGAAACCUCACCCAACACACAGACCAAAGCAGUAGUAGCUUCGGGAGGGAUUUCUCGCUUUGGUCGCCUCAGUUUUGGCUCUCAGCUUUUUCAGAAGACUGUAGGCUUGGUACUAAGACCACGUCAAGACAAACAGGCUAAAUUGGGUGACUCGAAUAAAUUUUACUACGAUGAAAAGCUUAAGAGAUGGGUGGAAGAAGGGGUUGAACCCCCGGCAGAAGAAACUGCUCCUCCACCACCUCCAACAACAACGAAGUUCCAAAAUGGAGGUUCUGAUUAUAACUUGAGAAGUUCAUUAAAUAGUGAGGCGUCUUUGAGCAAUGGAAGCCUAGAAUUCAAAAGCCCCAGUCAUUUAGAACAUAAUUCAGGGAUUCCACCUAUUCCGACUACUUCAAACCAAUUCUCAGCUCGUGGAAGGAUGGGCGUUAGGUCGAGGUAUGUUGACACAUUCAAUAACGGUGGUGGAAACCCAACAAAACAAUUCCAGUCCCCUUCACUCGCAUCUGUUAAGCCACCCGUAACUGGUUUCAACCCUAAAUUCUUCGUCCCCACACCUGUUUCCUCAAGCGAGCAGACUUUCAUUCCAACGAUUGAGGAAAAUGAAUCUAUUAACGAAGGUACUGUUUCAGCAGCCACAACUGACAACUCAUUUAGAACACAUGAACCCAUGACCAUGCAAAGGUUUGCAAGCAUGGAUAAUGUUGCAAAUAAGCAGACAGCAACAACAACAACCACAAACUCUUCGUCCUAUUCACGAAGAACAGCUUCAUGGAGCGGAAGCUUUAGCGAUAAACAGAAUCAGACUUUUACGCCUAGUAACCAUCACCCUUCUCCUGUGCAUUUACCCAGAAAUGGUAGCGGUUUUGGAGAUGACUUGCAUGAGGUCGAACUUUGAGAAAAAAAAAAUAGGUUUUAAAUUUUGACACUCUUGCUUAUACUUUUCCCGGUACAGAGACAUUACAGUUUUUUUUUAACUUUGUAUGGUAGGUGAUGUUAUAGUUGGAUUUGUCCAAUGUACCCCUCCACUUUCUAGGGCAGAUGUUUUAUUGUCAAGGAUUUUAACAGGCACCAACCAUUGUACAGUUCAUUUGUUACAUUUCUUUUAAAGGUAAAAUAAUGAUCAUUAAAACCG